UAAGGUUAUGAAAAAGUAUGUCUCUGUCGCAAAAUAUCUUUGAAGGCUUCACUUUCCCAAUUGUUGUCGUGGAACAGAGAAUCUAGGGUUUACUCGAUCAAUCAUCAAUAGUCAGUCAUCAAUCAUCAAUCAUUAUGGUACUCAAACCAUGCGCAGCCGAGAAGACGAUAAAAGGAGAAUCGAGCAAAUUGGAGGAGGCGAUAGAAUCCAUGGAAACAUCUUCUGUGGUUCUCAAACCAUGCGCAUCCGAGAUGACGGCAGAAGCAGAUUCGCGCAAGAUUGAGGAGGUUGUAGAACCCAUGGCCCUCUCAUCGGUGGAUUUGAAAAGUAAGGCGAGAAAGCGUAAAGCCGAGUUCGAGCCGGGAAAGGAAGAGGUAAAGGAGGAGGAGGAGGAAGAGAGCGAUGAAGAAGAAGAAGGCGUUGGUGAUGGGAGAGCCAAGAUAGAGGAAGAGCCUGAGGCUAGAAUAGAUUACUUGAAGGCGCCGGAAUGGGAUGUGGACAGCUUCGAUGGUUUAGAGUAUUAUUCUUCUCCGGAGCCGAUGCUUUCAUCCUCCGAUGAGGAGUUUUUCCCCGAAGAAGCUAGAGAACACUAUCGUAUCUUUAAACGCCAGAUGAUCGAGAGCAAGGGAUUUUACGGGGAUAGUGAGCUUAAGCCAACUUUUCAUUACAAAGGAAUAAGUCCAAUGAAGUUGGAGCAGAGAGCCCUCAUUCGAAUGUGGAGUUCGUUGAAGUUGUGAGAGGUUAUUAUCGCCCAGGACCUAGAUCAAAGUCCUACAUUACCUUUAUGGCCAGGGAGAAGCCUGAUGGACCUCUUGUGGAGUAUCAAGCCAAGUGUAUGGUUACUUUGGACAGAAAGAGGCAUCCCAUCCUUUGUAGACCGGCUCCUACGCCAAUGCCUUGAUACCAAAAGUUGUUCAAUCAAUCAAGGAUUGGGGGGGACUCAAAAGGAUGGACUUGGCAAAGGGCGCUGUUAUAACAAGUCAGAUUAUCUCGUUUCUAAUGAUCUAGUGGAUGCAACAUUUUAACUUGUGGUCUUAAUAGUUUCGUCUGUUUUUGUUUUGUUAUCUAUCAUGUGUCGACACUUCGGUAGUAUUUAUUCAGAGCACUAUUUCUUUUCUUUUAGGUUUAGUGGUGCUUCCGUUGCUUUGGUUUCAGUUUGUUUAUCUAAAACUUGUGUUCAUUACUGCCAUACUUGAGGGAAUAGAGCAAUGUAGUUUCUCAAAGACGUUAACCAUCUCUUUUUGUUUUGUUUCCGUUAAAAACAAAAGGCAUCUACUAGUUUUACUA